AUGUCGGUUGUACUAUUUCUGCUUGUCAUGCUGAUUGUGUACGGUGUAACACAAGCCUACAGAAAACGACGCGAGCUGCAUCGAAUUGCGGCACACUUUAACUACCCAAAACCGCACUGGCUGUUGGGUAAUGUGAUGGAAUAUCCUGCAAAUGAUAUACCCGGUAUCUUCGAGACGAUGGUCAAACUGCACGAGCAGUACGGACAGGAUCUCUUCAACUGGGGUCUACUAAACGACCACAUGAUCAUCGUCAGCAGCGCCACCAACGUCGAGAAGGUAGUGAUGGCGAAGAAGACCGAAAAAUCCUCGGUGUAUAAUUUCAUCGAGCUAUGGCUGGGACAGGGUUUGCUCAUCUCUAGCGGUGAGAAGUGGUUCCAUCGGCGGAAAAUUAUCACACCAACGUUUCAUUUCAAAAUACUGGAAAGUUUCGUAAACGUGUUCAACCAAGAGGCAGAGAUACUGAUCGAGAAGUUGCGCCAGCAUGCAAACACUGGUCGGGAAUUUGACAUCUACGAACCGAUCUCGCUGUACGCGCUCGACAGUAUCUGCGAAACGUCCAUGGGGGUUGAGAUCGAUGCGCAACGCCACCCGGAGAACCAGUACGUGCGUGACGUGAAGCGUAUGAGUGAGUUGAUAUUGCUUCGAAUUUUUCAUGUGCUUUCAUCCUUUCCUAAAACCUAUUGGUACACGAUGCCUAAGGCUUGGGAGCAGCGAAAGUUGAUUAGACGACUUCAUGCGUUCACGGACUCGGUGAUUCAAAAACGUCGCCAACAAUUGAUGGAGAAAGGAAACAGCAUAAGUGAGGUUCUAAAUGAUCACGAAGACGAAAACCUCUACACAAAGCGCAAGGAAACGUUCCUGGACCUGUUGCUAAACGUCAGAGUUGAUGGUAAUUCACUUAGUGAUCUGGAUAUACGAGAAGAGGUGGAUACGUUUAUGUUUGAGGGCCAUGACACCACAACUUCCGGAAUAGCGUUCACCUUCUAUCAACUUGCUAAACAUCCAGAGAUCCAGGAAAAGCUCUACCAAGAAAUCCAGGAUGUGCUUGGGGCGGACUUUCGCUCUGUUCCUCUCACAUACAGUACACUCCAGAACUUCCCCUAUCUGGACAUGGUAGUGAAGGAGUCUUUGCGUCUACUGCCACCUGUUUCAUUCAUCGGUCGUCGAUUGGUUGAAGAUAUUGAGAUGAAUGGAGUAACGAUACCGGCCGGAACUGACUUUACCAUACCCAUCUACGUUAUUCACCGGAACCCCGCCGUCUAUCCUGAGCCGGAACGCUUUGAUCCGGAGCGCUUUUCAGACGAAAGCACACAGCGCCGUGGACCAUACGACUACAUCCCGUUCAGCAUCGGUUCGCGGAAUUGCAUCGGUCAGCGAUACGCACUGUUGGAGAUGAAAGUAUCUAUCGUACGUAUGGUUUCCUUCUACCGUAUACUGCCCGGUGACACCAUGCACGAGAUCCGCCUUAAAACGGACCUGGUAUUGCGUCCCGACAAGGCAAUACCGAUCAAGCUCGUCGCACGUCCAUGAUGUGCGGUACGAAUGAAUUGAGUAAAUAAAAGCUUCAUACAGAAGAGGUGGUUAACCUGUCUGCUCCGAUUGUGCUAUUCAUGCAUGAGAUGGUUUGUUCGUUUCUUUACAAACAAAAUAAAUAUUCAAUGAAGUAGAUGUAAAGAAAUAGGAAUAUGCUUGUUGCUCUACAUUCGGUACAUUAAAGCUCACUACAAGGCUUUGAACGCUUUUUAGAACCCUUUCCUGUCGUAUAGACAUUGCAGGUAUCGUUGAUAGGUACUUCAAAACGGUAUAGAGUGGCAAGAAUGUGGCGUAUGUGAACAGUGUUAGAUG